AUGCCGCCGAAGGUCGCAAAGAAGGGUGAGAAGCGUGCCGGCAAGGCCGCUGCCAAGGCUGCCUCUGGCGCCGACAAGGACAAGAAGAAGAAGAAGCGCCGCAAGGAAUCGUACGGCAUCUACAUCUACAAGGUCCUCCGCCAAGUCCACGCCGACACCGGCAUCUCCAACCGCGCCAUGAACAUCAUGAACUCGUUCGUCAACGACAUCUUCGAGCGCAUUGCUGGCGAGGCGUCCCGUCUGGCCCACUUCAACAACCGCUCGACCAUCUCGUCUCGCGAGAUCCAGACUGCCGUCCGUCUCCUCCUCCCCGGCGAACUUGCCAAGCACGCCGUCUCUGAGGGCACCAAGGCCGUCACCAAGUACACCUCCGGCGCCAAGUAAAACCUGGUCGUCCGAAGCGCUGCUGCUGGGUCUACUCCCGACUCUUUUUCUUUAACAUAAAAAACAAAAACUUUUUUCUGGUGUUCAUUCAAC